AUGGCUUUCAUCGUUUUCAAAGUCAUUUGCGUUGUUAUUAUUGUUCUACAAUUGAGAACAAUUAAUCUAAUUUAUGUUCAAGGACAUGUGGGUGGUUAUUGUAGACUUCAAAAUCGUACUGUUACUUUAAAUAUAUGUAAAACUCCACCUCGUCUUAUUAUACCGGUCUGCGAAGGCUAUUGUCCUAGUAGUUCUCGAUGGGAAUUUAAUCAUAACCGAUUUGUACCUCGAACAAGUGCAUGUACCGUGAAGCAAUAUCGAGUCGAAGACUUCACGUGCCGUGAUUCUACUCAUACAGCUGUCAAAAUAAUUAUACCACUCGCGUGUUCCUGUAAUAAACAUUAUUGCCAAAAUUCUCGAUGA